UCUUUGGGACCUGAGAAGUGUUUCUUCCUUAAUCAGAAGGCAAUUUAUGCAGUUGACCUGGUGAAUUUCCUUCAGUUUUAUACUUUAGAGGAGCUGAGAGAGACUUCCACAAAAGAUGGAUCACCCUGCAGAAGAUGCUCCCAUGGCCAGAGGAAGCCUGGCAGGCAGUGAAGAGGCUCUUGUUGGCCAUGAACAGCCCAGAGGGGGGUCUAACAGCCGUGCCCUGAAGAUUGCAGGCCUGACCACGUUGGCAGUUCUGUUGCUGGCCAGCCAGGUCUUCACCGCUUACAUGGUGUUUGAUCAGAAGCAGCAGAUUCACUCACUUCAGAAGAACUCAGAGAGAAUGGGAAAACAGAUGACACGCUCAUCCCAGGCUGUGGCCCCAGUGAGGAUGGCCAUACCAAUGAACACCCUUCCUCUGCUGAGGGACUUCACUGAUGAUGAUUCCUCAUCUAAGACACCCUUGACAAAACUGCAGGACAUUGCUGUUGUCAGUGUGGAAAAACAGCUGAUGGAUCUCAUGCAGGACGUCAGUCUGCCACAGUUCAAUGAAACCUUCUUGGCCAACCUGCAGAGCCUGAAGCAGCAGAUCAAUGAGAGCGAGUGGAAGAGCUUUGAGGCCUGGAUGCGUUACUGGCUGAUCUUCCAGAUGGCCCAGCAGAAGCCUCCAACCCCCACUCCUCAGUCAGCCUCUCUGGUCAAGACCAAAUGCCAGCUGGAGUCUGAAUCUGGAAUCAGCAAGAUUGGUUCCUACAAGCCCCAGUGUGACGAGCAGGGCCACUACAAGCCCAUGCAGUGCUGGCACGCUACUGGCUACUGCUGGUGUGUGGAUGAGUCCGGCAAUCCCAUUGAGGGCACCACCAUGCGAGGCCACCCAGACUGUCGCAGAGGCACACCUUAUCGUCGCAUGAUGGUUGCACCCAGGAUGAUGCUGAAGACUUUCGACCCUGAGGAACAGUGAAACACAUGAGGCAAACCACCAUACAAGGUGUUCCUUCUCAUUACCCAGUUUUUGCAAACAUAUGAAAAGGGUUAUUUUUAAACUUGAUGCUAACAUGCCACUGUAGCAGUGAAAUUUCCAAUGAGCUGCUCUUUCUUGUAAUCUCUUGAUUUUAAUCAUUUUGCUAACUGAUGCCAAUCAAAUUAGUAGAAUCCUGUUACAGUGUACUGCUUCAAAUGUCUCCAAUUGCUGUAGCUUAUAAAAUUUAUUUUGGGUGUCCUCUUUUAAUAUGCAUUAAGUACAGUAAACUUUAUGAGUGUUAGAUUUGUUUAUUUGUAAAGAAUGUUUAAAAGAUCGGUUCAGCCAAAUUACAAGAACUGAAUGCAGUUUGUGUUUCACCUGCUGGAUUUUGGGACACCGUCUCUUUGUGGUGUCUACAACAACAAAAAGCUCUGUUUGAAAAUAAGAAAAUAGCCACUACUGCUCAAAGUAGUUCUGUUGAAAACAAUUUCCAAUUAAGUUUAUGGAUAAUCAGAGUAAAUGAGGGUUAUUUCUGUUUAUUUAUCAAAUGCUUUCAACACUGUAAAGUCUAAUAUUGAAGGCCCUUCAAAUGGAUAUGUGCAUGAAAGUUUAGUUUUUAUGAUUUGGAUGAGCCUGCCUUUUAAAAGGAUGUGACCAUUUGAGGAAGCGGUUUUUCUCUGAAACUGUUUGUGUUAAGAAUGCUAAAUAAAGUCUUUCUAACAACA